CAAAAUGCCCGGGGCCAGCGGUAAAGUCGACACGGCAGCGGCCGCGGCAGCGCGGCAAUACCAUCAGACUGCUCAGGCCUUUCAAAGACGAGCCUCUCUAUCCCGCCAAGCCACCUCCGCCAAGACGCGAGUCCGAGAGGCCCUCCGGGCCUUCUGCCGGAGAGUGGACCUCCCCUACAGCUCGGUCCAUCGCCAUUACAAAGCCAUUCUGUCCACCGGACACCCCGCCGUGUCCGAGCGCCCCCAGGGCCGCCCGCCGUCCCUGACGGGCGCCGAGGACGCGGUCCUGCUGGCCUAUGUCGCCGGGCUCGAGCGGGCCGGCGUGGUCGUCAGCGGGAGGAUGGUGGUCGCGCGCGCCAACGAGCUGCGGUCGCUGCGGACGCCGCCCGCCGGGCCCGUCGACAAGAACUGGCACGCCCGCUGGAGGCAGGACAGCGACGGCGCGCUGCGGGCCGCGACGGCGCGGCUCGCCGGGUCGAGCAGAAUGAGGUUCUCGUCGAGAUCCAUGCCGUCUCGAUCAACUAUCGCGAUACCGAAGGUGAGCAUAUCCGGCGGGUUGCGAAUCAAUAAUGCGCACGCCGGGCACAAACUAACGAGGGGCACAACCGGCGUGACCCAAACGCACAAAGUUGCCAACGGCAUCUACAAAUCCCACCACAAGUCACUCGCCGAAAGCACCCCGUCGCCCAUCGCCCCGUGCUCCGACAUGUGCGGCGUCGUCGUCGCCGUCGGCCCGACCCCCUCGCCCACCUGGCAGGUCGGGGACCGGGUGGUGCCGACCUUCAUCCCGGGCUUCGCGUCGGGCCAGGUGCUCGGGCCGCAGCUGGCGGCCAGCCUCGGCUUCCCCGCCGGCGGCGUGCUGCAGACGCACCGCGUCUUCCCCACGGCCGGGCUCGUGCGCGCCCCGGCCCACCUCAGCGACGGCGAGGCCGCGUGCCUGCCGGUCGCGGCCCUGACGGCCUGGAUGGCCCUGUUCUGGGAGGCGCCGCUCGGCGCGGCGGCGCAGCGCGGGCUCAAGGGGCGCACGGUGCUGGUGCAGGGCACGGGCGGCGUGAGCGUCUGCGGGCCGCAGAUCGCCAAGGCGAGCGGCGCGACGGUCAUCGUCACGUCCUCGUCGGACGCCAAGCUUGAGCGCGCCAAGGCUCUGGGCGCCGACCACGGAUCAACUACAAGACCACGCGCGAGUGGCGGGGUAAGGUGCUACGGUUGACGCGCGGGCGGGGCGCCGACGUCAUCUUCGAGUGCGGCGGCGCCGAGACGCUGCACCGGUCGCUGCAAUGCGUCUCGUUCGGCGGGCUCAUGUCGUGCAUCGGCUACCUGUCGGGCACGCACGAGAAGGCCGCCGGCGAAGACGCCGCCGCCCCGAGGCCGCACGUGAACCUGCUCGCGCUGACGCGCAACUCGACCAUCAAGGGCAUCCUGAACGGACCCCAGGACAGGUUCGUCGAGAUGAACGCGUUCCUAGCGGACAAGGGGGUCAGGCCGCUGGUGGAGCGGGUGUUUUCGCUCGAGGAAGGCAAGGAGGCAAUGCAGUAUCUGGCGUCGGGAAGUCACUUUGGCAAGGUGGUUGUCAGGGUCAAGGCGUGAUGAGUGUGCUGUGGGGUCACGUGGAUUGUGCCUGCCUCGGGCGAUGCCGAAGGAACAAUGCAAUUGACUUGACUCUCGCAAAACUCUGGGGUCAUCAUCUCAGCAGGGGUCUGUGGGGACUUGUCGAUGCUCCACAUUGAUGUUCGCAGAAAACGCAACACGAGCCAAGCAGAUUGGCAUUGGAGCAGAUGGAAUAUCGGCUCAUGCAAUUUGUUCUCCAAAAGCAAAAGUUCAUGUUGUCGAAUAAAGAGCUUUGCAAAGCAGACAGACGAAGCGUCAGCACUUGGUGUAAAAAUUAGGUCAGAACUGGACGAUGGCACAGGCCCAGGUGAGUCGAAACACGGCGAGGCCCCAAGGUGCCAGGCCACCCUGGCCUCCAGCACAUGGAGGCCACGUCAAAACGGUCCAACGCAAGGGCUCAGGGGGCGACUCGACGGGAAUGGAUGGCGACCCCAGCCUGGGUUGGCGCCGCCUCAGCACGCGCUCUGGUUGGCUCGGGGAACAAAAGAACCCCUGAAACGAGCUUGGGGGAAAAUCAGCAGAGGCGGGAAUCGUGCCAUUUGCCCCGUCGCGCGUCGGAUGCUACUCUACAGGACAGGCGGCUUCGAGACCGCGAUUGAAGUUGGGAGACGUCGUUGAAUUGCUUCACACCCGCCGUGCAGAUCAUCGUCCUUGUCGUCGUUUCGUUCG